UUACCCUGACACUACACCGUGACGGCUUAAGUCCAGACUCGUAGUCACUCAGGUUACACACAGAAGGCGUAUAACAGCUUCAAGAGUACUGACAGAUCCUGAAUGCCCCGAACUAACAGGAGCCAUCAAAUUCUCGAGUCUUAUCGGCCGCAGCGCGCGUUUCAGCGCAUUGAGCUGAGUUAGCAGAAGACAUACCGGGGAGUGGGAGAAGGUCUUCUUCCCCGGACAGGCAAAGAUUUACCCGGUGCCUCUGAAGUGGAGAGCCAAAUAACAACCCACCCCUUUCUGUCAGCGAUUUCCCUUUUCAUUUUCUGGUACUGGGUUUGGAAAAAGGGGACAGUGUCGUACAUUCAUUUCCCGAUGCUGUUUCAGGGGACGUCUUGAUGUGUUUUACAGUAUCAGCCCAUGCGAAUUCUGAAGAUGAAAGCGUGAGCUGAGAAGUGAAUACGAUUUCGUUUUAUGUCAUACGACUUGUAUGGUAGCCACGACUCCGUAGUUUUUGCGGGGACACCUUUGACUUUUCAAUUACUUCGGCCAUCGGAACGCUUGGAGGAAGAAAGUCCCCCACUUGAGGGCGAGAUCAGACUUCGGUGGACGGCAAGUUCGGGAACGUCAGGAUAAGGGUCUGCCACAUACAACAUGCAGAAAUGUCCGGGGAGGCAGAGUUGGAUGUGAGAGGCGGUGUGGUGUCGAGAGAGCGAGAGCAAGAGCCAGAGAGGGCACGUCAGUCCACGGCCAGAGCCAGCAGCAGCAGCGGCAGCAGCGGCAGCAGCGGCGGCGGCGCAGGCGAAAGCUCCAUGCAGUUCAGCACCAGACCGGCAAGUGUGGAGCCGGGCUUCAUGGGGACAUGGCAGCAGCAGAGCACUGACAGCAACCUCCUCUUCAGGAUGUCCCAGCAGGCCAUUCGCUGUACUCUGGUGAACUGCACAUGUGAGUGUUUCCAGCCGGGGAAGAUUCACCUACGGACAUGUGACCAGUGCAAGCACGGCUGGGUCGCUCAUGCCCUAGACAAGCUGAGCACUCAGCACCUGUACCACCCGACCCAGGUGGAGAUUGUGCAGUCCAACGUGGUGUUUGACAUCAGCAGCCUGAUGCUGUACGGGACGCAGGCAGUGCCAGUGCGCCUCAAGAUCCUGCUGGACCGCCUCUUCAGCGUGCUCAAGCAGGAGGAGGUGCUGCACAUCCUGCAUGGCCUCGGGUGGACGCUGCGCGACUACGUCAGGGGAUACAUCCUGCAGGAUGCUGCAGGCAAGGUGCUCGACCGCUGGAGCAUCAUGUCCCGGGAAGAGGAGAUUAUCACCCUCCAGCAAUUCCUGCGUUUUGGCGAGACCAAGUCCAUCGUGGAGCUGAUGGCCAUCCAGGAGAAGGAGGGACAGGCCGUCACCGUGCCCUCGGCCAAGACCGACUCGGGCAUCAGGACAUUCAUUGAGAGCAACAACCGCACGCGCAGCCCUGGCCUGCUCACGCACCUGGAGAACAGCAGCCCCUCCAGCAUCCACCACUUUGAGAACAUCCCCAACAGCCUGGCCUUCCUGCUCCCCUUCCAGUACAUCAACCCGGUCUCGGCGCCCAUGCUGGGCCUACCGCCCAACGGCCUAGCCCUGGAGCAGGCCAGCAUGCGGCUGCGCGAGCCCAGCCUGCCCAACCAGACCGAGCAGGUGGACACCAGCGAGUCCGAGGUGUCCCUCUCGCCCUUCCGCAGUGGCCAGAGCCCCAACAGAGGCAACCUUGGGCAGCUGCCCAACAACAUUGAGCCCAAGACGGAGCCAAACAACGCCUCACCCAUCUCCCCGACUCCCUCAACACACCAACAGCAGCCGCAGACACCACAGCAGCAGCAGCAGCAGCAGCAGCACCAACAGCAGCAGCAGCAACAGCAGUCGCAGCAUCAGCAGCUGCCGCAGGGAAACAGCAUGAGCGACCACCACCACUUUGUGAAGAAUGACCAGUCCAAGAGCAUCACCCACUCGUCCUUCUCCUCCAAGAUGCACCGUAUGCGGCGCAUGGGCUCCACGUCGCGCAAGGGCCGCGUCUGCUGCAACGCCUGCGGCAAGACCUUCUACGACAAGGGCACCCUGAAGAUCCACUACAACGCCGUGCACCUGAAGAUCAAGCACCGCUGCACCAUCGAGGGCUGCAACAUGGUCUUCAGCUCGCUGCGCAGCCGCAACCGCCACAGCGCCAACCCCAACCCCCGGCUGCACAUGCCCAUGCUGAGGAACAACCGCGACAAGGACCUCAUCCGCUCCAACUCGGGCCCCGGCACGCCCGUCAUCUCCAGCACCAAGAGCGGUUUCACCCUCACCAGUCCCGGGAGGCCACCGCUGGGCUUCGCCACCCCUCCGCCCCUGGACAACAUGCUCCAGUCGCCCCUGCAGAGCCCGCUGGUCUUCCCCUCGCUAAAGUCCGUGCAGCCGGUGCAGCCCGUGCCACCCUUCUACCGCACGCUACUGUCGCCGGCCGACCUGGUGAGUCCUCCCGUCUCGCUGCCCACUAGCCCCAUCCUGCCCACCACCACCAACAGCACCUCCCUGAUGGAGCAACAACAGCACCUGCUGGCCACCAGCUCCCACAACUCCCACAACUCCCAUAUGUCGGAGAUCACGAGCCAGAUGGCACACCGGCUGCCAACGCCGAGCGCCCAGGAGUCGGCCACCUCAGCCUCCACCGCCGCAACCGAUCCGGCGCCCAAGAAGAAGCCUCGCAAGUCCAGCAUGCCCGUGAAGAUCGAGAAGGAGGUGAUCGACGUGGCGGACGAGUACGACGACAAGGACGAGGAUGACGAUGACAGCUGCCACCACCACCAUCACCACCACCAACACCACCACCACCACCACGGCGGUGCGCACCUCCACAACAACAUCAACGGCAACUGCAACAACAACAACAACAGUGGCAGCGGGCACCACAGCGGGGACAGCGGGCACCAGUCCCCCUCUCAGGACGAGAUGAGCCCCAGCCUGGCGCUGAGGGGUAUGCUGCGCUCCGACCGGGACGGGUGCCAGCGCGGCACAGGCGGCGGGUCCGGCGGAAGAGGAGACGGAGGGGAGCUCCGAUGCAUGGACAGCUACACCUCCGAAGACCAGGACCACGAGCGCGACUUCGAGAACGAGUCAGAGACAUCCGAGUCCAAGAUGUUCUACCGUGAUGAAAUGAUGGACACAGAUGACCAUCGAGGCGGGUCGACGGGGGGAAAUGGCGAAGGCAGUCUGCACAAAGAGCAGCAUGACGAGCGAGAUCAUGGAGAGGAAGAGGAGGGCCAACUGAGGAAGGACAUGGAGGAGAAGAGCCGCUCGUCCCCCUCGCCUCAUCAGCCGGUCAUCAAGAUCAAGGAGGAGCUCAACGACCCCACCUACGACAUGUUCUGCAUGAGCCAGUACGGCCUCUACAACGGCAACAUGGCCGCCGCAGCUGCAGCAGCCGCCAGCAUGGCUGCCCUCCACGAGAGCUUCAUCUCCUCCAUGGCCUACGGCUCCAGCCCCCCCAAGUUCUCCUCCCACUCGCCUGACGGAGACCUGUGCUCCAGCCCCGACCCCAAAAUCUGCUACGUCUGCAAGAAGAGCUUCAAGAGCUCCUACAGUGUCAAACUGCACUACAAGAAUGUGCACCUCAAAGAGAUGCACGUGUGCACUGUGGCUGGCUGCAACGCCGCCUUCCCCUCCCGACGGAGCAGAGACAGGCAUAGCUCCAACAUCAACCUGCACCGAAAACUGCUGACCAAAGAGCUGGACGACAUCGUUCUGGACCCCCAGCUCAUACCAAUGCCCAAGGACCUGCGUGCCGAGUUCCUGGCCAAGAUCUACGGGGGUGGCGGCGUCCACCGCCACCUCGGCCUGGAGGCCCUGGGAGGCGGCGCUGGGGGGCUGCUCCACCGCGGGCUCAUGGGCCGCGACGACGACGCCGGCUCCCCCGCCGGCACCGAGUACUCUAACAGCAACGGCGGCUACUACCGCGGCCCCAGCGACGACUACAUGGUGCUGGACCUGAGCACCACCUCCAGUGUGCAGUCCAGCGGCAGCGUCCACUCCUCACGCGAGUCUGACGAAGGCAGCGACGAGGGCAUCCUGCUGGACGACCUGGAGGGCGCCAGCGACGGCGAGGACUGCAGCCCCAACGCCGAGGCCCAGGGCCAGGCCGGCACCAGGAGGGACGGAAGCGAUGGAGCAGGAGGAGGAGGAGGAGGAGAAGGAGGAAGAGGAGGAGGAAGGGUAGAGGUGGAGGGGCCCCUGUCCAGCGACCCCUCCUCCUCGCCCUCUCUCCUGGCCUCGAGUGGGGGCAGCGGCGGUGGCGGUGGAGGCAUCCUCUGCACCAUCUGCCACAAAAUGUACAGCAACAAAGGGACCCUGCGGGUGCACUACAAGACUGUCCACCUGCGGGAGAUGCACAAGUGCAAAGUGCCUGGCUGCAACAUGAUGUUCUCCUCAGUGCGCAGCCGAAACAGGCACAGCCAGAACCCCAACCUCCACAAAAACGCACCCUUCGCCACCAUGAUUGACUAGCCUAAUUCGUCCUCCUCUCUCUCUUUUCCCUUCAUGUCCCCUUCAUCCAGACACUCACCCUCUUCCUGACAACCCUCACACACACACACACACACACACACACACA